GAAGUAACGAGGCAUUGGAAGGACACCUUGCAUCAGUCACCCCACAGAGAUCAGCCAUUCCUGGGCUCCCUGAGGAGGUUUGGACUUGCCUUCAAAAGUUGACUGAGAAUACCAAGCAAGCUGACUGAAUUUCUUGCUCUAUAUCCAAGAAAAGACCAGACAGAUCAAUUUGGUGGGUUUUGGUUUGCGCCAGCCGUGGAUGCCUUUGACAUUAUGACCGCAGAGGAUUCCACCGCAGCCAUGAGCAGCGACUCGCCCGCAGCUUCCACCACCAAGGUGCCCGAGGGCGUGGCCGGCGCCCCUAACGAGGCGGCCCUGCUGGCGCUGAUGGAGCGCACGGGCUACAGCAUGGUGCAGGAGAACGGGCAGCGAAAAUACGGGGGUCCGCCGCCGGGCUGGGAGGGCCCACACCCGCAGCGCGGCUGCGAGGUCUUCGUGGGCAAGAUCCCGCGCGACGUGUACGAGGACGAGCUGGUGCCGGUGUUCGAGGCCGUGGGCCGCAUCUACGAGCUGCGCCUCAUGAUGGAUUUCGACGGCAAGAACCGCGGCUACGCCUUCGUCAUGUACUGCCACAAGAACGAGGCCAAGCGCGCAGUGCGCGAGCUUAACAACUACGAGAUCCGCCCCGGCCGCCUGCUCGGCGUGUGCUGCAGCGUGGACAACUGCCGCCUCUUCAUCGGCGGCAUCCCGAAGAUGAAGAAGCGCGAGGAGAUCCUGGAGGAGAUCUCCAAGGUCACGGAGGGCGUGCUCGAUGUGAUCGUCUACGCCAGCGCCGCCGACAAGAUGAAGAACCGCGGCUUCGCCUUCGUGGAGUAUGAGAGUCACCGCGCCGCCGCCAUGGCGCGCCGCAAGCUCAUGCCCGGCCGCAUCCAGCUGUGGGGGCACCAGAUCGCCGUGGACUGGGCAGAGCCGGAGAUCGACGUGGACGAGGACGUGAUGGAGACCGUGAAGAUCCUCUACGUGCGGAACCUGAUGAUCGAGACCACCGAGGACACCAUCAAAAAGAGCUUCGGCCAGUUCAACCCCGGCUGCGUGGAGCGCGUCAAGAAGAUCCGCGACUACGCGUUCGUGCACUUUGCCAGCCGCGAGGACGCCGUGCAUGCCAUGAACAACCUCAACGGCGCGGAGCUGGAGGGCUCUUGCCUAGAGGUGACGCUGGCCAAGCCAGUGGACAAGGAGCAGUACUCCCGCUACCAGAAGGCUGCCAAGGGGGGGGGCGCCGCCGAGGCCGUGGUGCCACCUCCCAGCUACGUGUACUCCUGCGACCCCUACACGCUGGCCUAUUACGGCUACCCCUACAACGCACUCAUCGGGCCCAACAGAGACUACUUCGUGAAAGCAGGCAGCCUAAGAGGCCGGGGUCGAGGUGCUGCUGGCAACAGGGCCCCAGGGCCCAGGGGCUCCUACCUCGGAGGAUAUUCCGCUGGCCGUGGUAUAUAUAGCCGAUAUCACGAAGGGAAAGGAAAGCAGCAAGAAAAAGGAUAUGAACUUGUCCCGAAUCUGGAAAUCUCUGCUGUCAAUCCAGUUGCCAUUAAGCCUGGUGCAGUGGCUAUCCCUGCCAUUGGGGCCCAGUAUUCCAUGUUUCAGGCAGCUCCAGCUCCUAAAAUGAUUGACGAUGGUAAAAUCCACACGAUGGAACACAUGAUCAGCCCGAUCGCAGUGCAGCCCGACCCCACCAGCGCUGCCGCCGCCGCUGUGAUUCCCGCUGUGUCCACACCACCACCGUUCCAGGGCCGCCCCAUCACUCCUGUGUAUACAAUGGCUCCAAACGUUCAGAGAAUUCCCACUGCUGGGAUCUAUGGGGCCAGUUACGUGCCAUUUGCUGCUCCGGCCACAGCCACAAUCGCCACACUACAGAAGAACGCCGCCGCCGCCGCCGCCGUUUAUGGAGGCUACGCCGGCUACAUACCUCAGGCCUUCCCAGCUGCUACUAUCCAGGUUCCCAUUCACGACGUCUACCAGACAUACUGAGACUGGGGGCGAGACCCAGACCUACUACUGAAGGAACACUUUACUAUUUAUGAAGAAAGAACGUCCGAUUAUCACAGAGAUAAAACCUGAAAGUGAAGAAUGUUAUCAAAUAUCAUGCUGAAAUAUUUUAUAUACAUGAAGUUUUCACUAGUUUUUUAAGACUUUUCAACUUAGCAGGCCUGUGUUCAUACAUUUCUAAGAGAUUUGCAAUGGUUCGUGCCUUAAUACCAUCUCUUAAAAGUUUGUAUGCUGUAGUACAUUUGUAUAGAGGUUUUAUGUGUUUUUUUUUUAUUUUUAAGGAUAUAUUUUCAGUAUGAAGGUUAUUUUCUUAACUUCUGCACUCCAGAGAUUUCUAUUUUGUAGUACCUUCAAUAAUAUAUCAACUAUAUGUUCAAAAGCACACUUGAGCAGCUAGGGAACUAUUUUGAAAAGUAUAUUCAAUAUUUAAAGAUACAAACAAUAGUGCUUUAAAAAUACUACAGAAAAGGUUAUUUUAAAAGUUAUACUGGAAAGUGCAAUCUGCAAAUAAGUAAAACCUCUAUUCCUGUUGGCAUUAAGGGUUAGUAAUGUUCCCAUGUGUUAUUCAUGAUGGGUCUAUUCUUUAAAAGAAAGUGAACACUCAGUCGCUCCUUAAGCCAACGCUGAAAAGACUUGUCACAUUCUGAGUCCAGACACUGGAAAGUUCUAAUCUGCCACCUCCCUCAAUCCCCAAUCCCAUCUUCCAGUUUGGCAAGUCUUGGCUAUGAAUUAUUCUGAUAGCGAAAACAUUGAUGGCUUUUUUUACUUCUUCCUGGGUUUUUGUUGGGUUUUUUGUUGUUGUUGCAUUGUGUUUCUUUGUGUUUUUUUUUUUUUCGUUUGUUGUGGUUGGGGAGAUAUUUUUAAUAGCAGAGUGUGAGUAAGCACAAGAUUUUUAAUAGUUUUCAUAAGGUAUCUUUGCAUAGCUAUUUAAUUGUCGGUUAUAAAACCGUAAGUCCUUUUUGAAUGCUUUUAUUUUAUUUGUUUUUGAAGUCUGAGUUUAUAGAGACAAGAGAAUGUUAUUUUAGACAAGACCCCCAAAGAUUCUUGUCACAGAAAGGUAUGCUUCUGGUAGCUUCAUUGUAUUUCUUAUAUGAGCAUCUCUGAUUGCUUAGGGUGUUGGAAAUAGUCUUUUUCCAAAUAGGACUUUCCUCCAUUUCUGUGCACAUGGCAGGCCAACGGAAUUGGGGUGUGCACACCCAGGAGGAGGAGAGGACUCCCCACCCCAGGAUUUAAAAAAAUAAUUUGUAAAUAUCUCCUAGCGCUCCCUUUAGUUAUUUUAUGUUGCAGAAGUUCAAGGUAUCUAGUUUAAUGCAAAAUGAAACCAUUUUAUUUCAACGUUAUUAAAGAAGUUUUGUUUUAUUAGGAAGUAAAUAUAUUGUUGCAGUGUUUUUGUGCCUGUUUGAAGGCUUUUGUUUAGCAGAGUGAAUGUAAAAUACAGUAAAAUGUUAAGAUUGUCAUCUACUUUAAGUAAUACAUCAACUUGGAAUUUUUUUUAAAAGAUUCUAUCAAGGAAGUGAGGUGUGCAAUAAGUAGCAAUAACACAGUUGUGUUUUUAUGUCAUAUUAGAGAUCCAGAAAAGCUUUCCACACUCAAUUUUUGCUGAUGGCUAAGCUCUUGUUUUUGGAUGAAUAAUAAGAUUGUGCCUUCAGCAGAUAUUUUAGUUUUGCUUUAAAAUAAGAGAUUCCCAAGUGCCCUUCUCCCUUCCUCCCCCAUCU